GCGGUGCGCAUCGCGAUAGCUUGUCUGUCACCUCACGCAGGUACACCAUCGCUCACACAAAGCAUACGUGGUGGAAACAGUUCCACGUACUCGUCCUCUUAGUCGAUCCUUUUAGUAGGUUCUUUCUUCUUUUGUAUUCCCUUAUAGUGCUGCCUUAUAGCAAUUUAGUCACUUUUCUUGUUCUGUAGCGCAAUCAGUGAAGUACACACACAUACAGGUUUUUUUCCCGCUCGGCAUUCUACGCACCUCUGCUCUUUGUGUUUAUAUACAUUUAUCGUUGACUCUAGAAGGUUUGUGUAGCGGCGUUCAGCCUUUCAACUUCCGGCUCCUCUUUAACGAGAAGUAGCCCUGCGCAGUGCUUCCAACCGCUUUCGUAUUUCCAACCACACGCCGGUACGCAAGUGCAUCCGCUUGUCUCCAUGUUACUCCGCACGGGUGCCUCCAGUGCGCUGCGCAGGCGCAGCACUACCGCUACCGGUCCCCUCGCAUGCGUCUACUCGCAGCAGCGCUUUAUCGAGUACUGGGGGGCAACAGUGACCGGCCGCACGCAGGCCUACGCGCAAGGCGACAUGCUCCCUCGCGUGGACAACACCCGGUACGUCGUGAACAAGGCCUCCAGCGCCGCAGCCAGUCUUACCGGCAACCCCAACGGCAUCGCCUACGACGCUUCCAACAUCUUUCACGUAGAAGGCUUUAGUCCGUUGGAGAAGGACCACUACCAGCCGCUGCGGGGCAUUGCGACGCACAAGGCCGAGCCGCUGGCCGCCUCCGCGGCGAAGGACGCGGCGGUGGUGUUGAAGGACUUGAUGGAGGAGGGGGCGAUGGAGGAGCACUGGUGGGGUCGUGUGCUGAAGGACUUCCCGUCCAUGAAGAAACCAUGCACGCCCGAGUUCCGCAGUGAGUGGGAAAAAUUUUACGCGCAGGCGUGCGAGGUGGCGCACGACAACGAGGCUGUCAAGGCGAUGGCGCAGCCCUUCCUGCGCACCCAGAUGCAGGUGAACUACAUCUCCUACGCCAUGGUGUGGCGCCUGGCGGAGCGGCUGUGCGACGCCCUAGACACAGCCGCAGAUGUGAACAAGUACGAGCGGCGUGUGGGCCGGCUGGCGGUGGAGCGGGUGACGAAGCUGAUGCUGGACACCAUCGCGGACGAGCCGUGGUCCAACCAGGACGCCACAAACCCGCUCUUUGUCGAUGUGUCGAACUUCCGCGCGUGGCAUGAGGCGGGCAACUGGUGA